AUGGCCAACGAAAACUCUCUAGGCGACGUGAGAAACAUGCUCACAAGGACCAUGGAUCGACUUGAAAAGCUGGUCCAGGAGCUUGACGAUAACGCUGCCACUCACAGAACCACUCCCGCUUCCCAAGCCAUUGCCGCUCUCAAGGAAGUUGCUUCUACCAAAUCAAGUGCUACUCUCGAAGCCAUUACCGCUCUUCUCAAAGCUGUUGCCGCUUCCGAAUCAAGUGCUACUUUCGAAGCCAUUGCCGCUCUUAUCAAAGCCAUGUCCGUUCCCGAAUCAACUCCAAUUGUCGGAACCACUCCCAGUAUUGCCCCUACUGCCAGAGCUACUAUCACUGUCGGAACCACUCCCAGUAUCGCCCCUACUGCUCAACCUAUUACUACUGUCGGAACCACUCCCAAUAUCGCCCCUACUGCCAGAGCUACUACCACUGUCGGAACCACUCCCACUACCAAUCACGGUAAUAAACUUCUUAAUUUCGAAUACUUCAGACAGGCAGAUAAGGCAAGGAAACGUCAGGUGGAAGACCAGUUAUCCCCUGGUACGAGCAAGAAAGGACGUGGCAGCAAGUGAGGUGCUGAGGAAGGGUACAUGGAGUAGAGAAUCAGUUCAAGUGAGAAGUAAGGCAUUGGAGC